AAAUAAAUCUUGUUUUAAAACUAUUAAUUAAGCUAUUAAAACUGCUAAUCUAGCAGUUCAGGUGACACAGAAACUCACAGAGGAAGGGAACGCAAGUGAGAAAAAAAUCAGAAACCCCAGAUUUUUUGAGAGUUAAUAGCACUUUAGACAAAACAGUGUUGGCUGUUCAAAGCUAUUCCCGUCCUAAGGAAGUGACAUGUCAGGAAAUUGUGAAUAGAGCUCCUGCUGCCAUUCUAUUAGGCUGCAAGGACCCACCUUUCCCUGAGGGAGAGUUUUUCUCCUUGCACCCAGGAGUGUGCUGACAUCACCUCUGUACAGUUCCAGAGAGCACUGAAGCUGACCCAGGGUUCCUCUUGCACACUGCUGGAGUUCUUCAAGAGGUACAAAAUGCACAGUUCAAAGCUGAACUCGUGCAGCCUGUGAGUGUCCCCAGAGGGUCACCAUUCUCCAGACCCUGCAAGGCCAUACUCAAGAGCAGGUUGACCGAUCUGACAGCUUUGAGGCAGCCUGGCAAGUUUGUUCACCACAGAGCUGAUGAACCACACUGGCCAACCUUCCCUCAGGAACCUGUUUGGUAACUCAGAGCUGCACCAAGGAAGAGCAGCAGCUCAGGGAAUGAAGGGGCUGGCAGCACAUAGGUACAGUUGCAAAGUGUCCUUCAAAACAUUUGUCCAGGGUGCACAUGGAGAGCAGAUACUGAAUCCCAGGAACCACAUUGCUGUAGCUGAGCAGGAGGUCCUCAAAGGGGAAAAACCCGAUGGACAAAUCCACCUGCAGACACACAGAGGCGAAAAAGUACGUGAACAUUCUUCUUGGACAGACAACAGGGCACGGACAGCCGAGCAAGGCACGAGGGCGCCAUUCAAGGCAGGACUGGCACAAGCCUAUUCAACCCACGGGUUCCAAACAGCCCGUGCCCAGCGCACCACUCCAAACCAAGUCAAACGGCACAGGGACAGAACUGAACCGCUAAAGAGAGAAAACAGCACCGACUCUCUACCGGGGCAAACGUCCCUCUCUGGCAGCGCCCCCCGCGCCCCUCCCCGAGCAGAGCACGUACCUUGUGCAGGGCGAGCCCCUCGCUCUGGGCAGCACCCCCGACUCGCCGGGCUCGGGCACCUCCGACAGCCACCAACACCUCCCGACCGCCCGCCCCGAGCCGGCCCUUUUCUACAGGCACCGGGCACCUCCCACCCGGCGGAGGGAGGGAGGGACAGGGAACGGAGGGGGCUGCCCGAGGAAGGGCAGGAGGGAAGGGGGUGCCGGGCCAGCGACCGCGCCUGCCACUCUCACGCGGGGAGAGGAGGAGGAAGGAGGAGGAGGAGGAGGAAGGAAAACACCGCUGCUGCCCCGCUGGACACCGUGUGGGCGCCGGAGUCGUGCCCAGGGCAGGGGGGAGGGACUCGGACAAGGGCCUGUCUCGGGAAAGUGCCUUUAGGGCCACCCCACGCCCCUGGGAGCCGCCUGCGGGAGGGGAAGGGGCUGCCCGGGCAGCACAUCACCCCCUGCUCCCGGCUCCCUCUCUGAUUAAUGGCUAUUUACAGAGGCGUCCCGAGAUUAACUAACAAACCCGGGACAAAAGCAGCGUUGUUUGGUGCUUCUGUUCCUCUGGAGCUGCUGGCGGCUCUCCAGCACUGGAGCGGUAGGAAGCGGGGAUUGCGGUUUUCAAGCUCCUUUAUAAAGAACUUCGCUGCCCUUCUGCAUGUGAAUGUGUGUCGCCCCCUGCUCAUCAUCCACAAAGAACACGAGACAACGGAGCCUUGACCCCGUGUCCUUAUGAGCGAUACUGAGCCACGGCAAAACCAGCAAUGCAGAUGCAGUGAGGGGAAAAACACGGCAGAAAAUGCUUUGGAGUGUCACAAACACAGACUUGUGUGACACUGAGCGGGCACCGCACUGAGCCAGGGGGAUCCAGCAACUUUCUCGGCGCAGUUCUGCAAUGCAGCACCGCCUGGACGGACCUCUGCAAACUCUAUAAUUAUCCUGCGAGCUGCAAAUAGCAACCUGAACUGCAAAGCCAGGAAGGCCUGACUAACUGGUUGGCCGAACGCUCAGCUGAAGGUUGUAACACAGGGAUAACAGACAAAUAAUAUUCUGCUUUCCUUUUGCCGGUGAAGAGCUAAAGUUCAUGUUUACUGAGUGCUCAAAAUAGAUGAGAUGUGCUCAGAGAAAACAAAUCCGGGGGGUUACAGGGGCAGGGAACAUUUUGAACCCACUGAAAGGUUUAGCAGGGAACACACAUGUUCUGGGUUUGAGCUCUGCCUCUCUCCUGCUUGUUUUACACCAGUUAAGCUUCACUUGCACAAUAAUCCUCUAGUGAUUAAAAUCAGAGGAAAUUCUUUCUGCCAUGAUUUGUAAAAGGGUUCAGGACACCCCAGAGGUCCCAGUAAUGCUGCAGUUGCUGGUGCCCUUGUAGUUUACUUGAAUGGCUGUGCUUGAUGUGAGCAUGGUUCAAAUAAUCUCUAAUCUAAUUUAGAGGCUUCUGGAGAGGGUUUAUGCUUUCUCCAGCUAAUGAGACUUUUCAGCAGCAUGGUAAGAGGAGUCAUUGGAGACCCUGGGAUGCUCUCCUUUGGGAAGCACCACAGAGCUGUUAUCCAUUCAGACCAGGCAAUACAGCACUAUACAUCCUGCAGCUUCCAAAGAGAAAGUGAGCUUGUUCCAAUUUACACAUCUCUGCUUUGAAUACCAAAGAAAUAUUUGACUCUAAACAUGGAGAAAAAUUAAGGAAAUUGAGCUUUUUAGUGGGAACUUCAUUGCCUCCAGUAACAGAUGACAGAAGUAGUUCAGAUACAGCAAUCAUGGCAGCUAGGCUCAGGUAUGCUGAGUGCCCAGCUGGCAUCGGGCAGUGGGGAAAUAAAACAGCCACUCUGUCAGAGGUACUUCAUUUCUGUUUAGCCUCCUUAGGCUUCCAAGGAAAAGAGCGAGGGCUCUUCCAGCGGGUGAUCAGUCUCCUGCUCGCAGUUGCCUGUCUCCCUCCAGUGCCUGCAGAGCGAGCAGGUGCCUUACACGGGGUGGUGUGUCCCGCCCUGCCUGAGCCGGCACUUCCCAGCCUUAAACAGAUCGCUGAGUGCCGGGAGGGCAGCAACACUUAAGCGCUUGAUACAUCCCCCCUGGAAAUAGGCACUCAGAUCUACGAGUGUAGCUUCCUGUGUUCAAAGCUGUUUCUCUUUCCUUGAUUAGCUUCAGAGCAUAAUUAAAAUGUGCUGCCAACAAGGCUUCCUGUUGCUAUAAAAAAUGUGUCUGCAAUAAUCCACUUUUAAACCGGAAAAGAUAUAAUUUGUGGCAAGGCUUUAUUACCACCCCAGUACCAAUAACUGGUGAAAGCCUGGGAUCUCGCCAGAGGCUGGAAAACCUGACACUGAAUGGAAUCUCCUCCCAGAGCAACACAGAACAAAGUCAGGAGUUUUCCUUGGCGUGUUACACUGAAAUUAUUUCUCUCCUGCCUUCAUUGGGCACAGUGGCCUCACUCAGGAAAGGUCUCAAACCUGUUUGAAACUCACUGGUUCGAGGGCCUGGAAGUGCCAGGAGAACCCUUCCAGUGGUUUGUAGAGGGUAGAGAGGCAGGAGGGCUUCAAGAGCUGGCAGCCUUUUGUGAUGAGCACCAGGGGAGGUGAAACCCUCCCUAUCAAGCCAAGAUGAGUGGAGAGAUAAAGAAAAACUUCCUGCCCUGCUGUGAAAGGAGGAGGCAUCAAAGACAGGCAUGGAUGAGGCAGCACAGAAGAGUUUAAAGCAACAGCCAUGGCUCAGUGGAUCAUAUUACCUAAAAUAUGCAACAUUUCCACAGGCCUCUGUGAGAACAAAUAACCCGGUUCAGUUUUAUUUUCCUAAAGAAAGCAGCAGUAAUUCAGCUGCAGCUUCUUGAAAGAAAACCUCAAUCAACUGAGAGGCACUGACUUUUUUCAUUCCAGACUGAUAUCAUUGCAAAUGUACAGCACAUUGAUGCCUUCCUGUCACUGUGACAAAUGGCAAAGGUAUCUCUUGGGAGUCUGCUCUCCACUUCUGGCCUGAAUCAAGUCAUUCUGCAUUUCUUGUUUAGUAAUACAAAAUGGUAACAGAGGUUCAGCAAAACUCAUCUGACAACCUGAUCUUUCUCCUCUUAUUUAGUACAUUAUAAUAGCUAAUACGUUACCUCACCAGCAAAGGCAGGUUUCUGCACAGCUUUGCAAGUGUCCCUUUAAAUGAACACAUGAAAGAACAAGUGCCCAAGAGCUGCUUGGCAGAAGGGCACAGGAGCUGUGGGGCCCUUCAGGCACUUGGGCCCUUCAGGCAAAGUAUCUCAAGUACCUCAUGUCACAGCAGUGUGAACUGUACAAAUCUAAAGCUAUGAACUAAAGAAUUCAUUCCUGCCAGCACAUUACAUGGUCCUGUGGUGAGAAGCUGAGAAUUCCCAUGCAAAAUCCAAGAAAGGUUUGCUGUCCCUGCUUCCACUGCUGCUGAAGUCAGCAAAACAAUCUCCUGGGCUGAAGUCUAGGUCUAUACCUGAAUCUAACCACAUCUGGCUUUAAAUGCCUUUCCAUGUUUUAUGGAAAUACACCCAGUUUCAGGCAGUAUCUACUUCGUGUCUACUCAAAUCUGAAAACCUUUGCUAUUUUGUCUGCACGAUGUUAAAUUUCUUUUCCCUGAUGCUUUCAUGUAACAGGGUAGAAAAGAAUGGAACUGGAAAAAUAUUUUAAAGGCUAUCAGGAUCAUGAAACACAUCACAGAACAGAUAAUUAAUUAUCCACAUUUCCUAUGACUGGGGCAAAACAAGCUCCACUGCUCUGUUCAGGCAAUUUCCUGAAAAGGCAAGGUUCUACACAUGGACAACCAGGAUAAAAACUCAGCAGCAGAGGGGAUUUCCUGGCACUGUCAGAGGGUUUAGCACACGGCCUGGACAGUUUAGGAAAGCUGGUAAAAGGAUCCUAGAGAAGGUUGGAACUGGCUUGAGAAAGGAAGACAGAAGAAACGGAGAUUAUUUAAUUGAAAAAAAAAAUAUGAGGGGCAGAAAGACUCUGCUUGUUCUGCUUGCUUCUGAAAAAAGGGGGAUGUUGAGCUGCCUUGCACAGCUCCAGCUCGGAAGGCACGAGUGACUCAGGGCUUGGCAAACUGCUGCCCCAGCAGGGACUUACAGGGGUGGUUAAACCUCAAAGGGGAAAAGGACUGAGGUGCUCAAAAGGACACUGCUGGUGGCCCUGGAUGUGCAAGGCCACUGCUCUGAAGGGUGACAGGAAAGCGUCUGAUCUUCCUCCACUGAACUAAUAUUAUUCUGCAGUUCAAGGAUGUCUGCCCAGGAAGGUAAUUUGACAGUUUUGUUGCUGGACAUCUGCUCGCUCUGACAGGCCAGCCACGAGAUCACAGCCAGGUUAU